AUGAUGCUUCAAAACUGCGUUCAGACUCCGCUUGGGAUAGUCGAAGUCGAGGUUGUUGGCUCGGGAAUCCCAGUCAUGGUCCUGCAUGGAAGUCCUGGAGGUAUUGAUGGUGCUAGGGCGAUGAGUCAGUUCCUCGAUAGAGACAGGUCCUGCUGCAUUCAUCUUUCAAGACCUGGAUAUCUCAACACACCGCUGGACCCGACGGCUCCUUCAAUCGAUGCCGAGGCAGAUCUCCUUGCUGCCUUACUUGAUACUCUUGACUUCGCGCGCGUUGGUGUAUUGGCUUGGUCAGGAGGUGGUCCUCCAGCGUAUAGAUUAGCAGCUCGACAUCCAUCCCGUGUUUCCGCCAUGGUCAUAGUGGCAGCCAUCAGCUCAAGCUGGGUCGCAGCUAAGAUGCAUCUCAGCGAACGCUUUGUGUUUGGAACGAGAUUCGGAGAACACCUGAUCAGCUUCUUGGCCACCCACAAACCAGAGCAUAUCGUCGAAGAAGCCCUAAAGGGAGAAGGAACCAUUCGCGGAGAAGAGCUCCGCAACGUCACCAACCAUGUUCUUGCACACCCAGCCCAGGUCAAGUUAAUAGUCGAUACAGCGCGUACAUUAAACAUUGGCGGCAAGAGGAAACCUGGCUGGCACAACGACGUCAAGAAUUAUGCAGAUAUCAAGUCACUGGAGUUGGAGUGUGUUACCUGCCCGGUCUUGCUGGUUCAUGGUGAUGCUGACUCAGAUGCUCUUCCGGUUUAUACUUAUUAUGCUCAUGCGCGUCUGCCAAACUCGGAGCUCAUUAUGAUGGCAGGAGGAACACAUCCUUCAUUCUACGCUCAUCAAGAGGCUGAGAUUGUUCAGGAAAGGGCGAAGCAAUGGUUUGAACACUAUAGUCAAGAAGGACGGAAAAAUGCUGUGAAAUAG